AUGGGUCUCAUGAGACACAUGAACCACGUCGACCGCGAGGAACUCUACACAGACCUCGAGGCCCGAAUCCGCUACCUCCACAGCUUCCUCGACUUCAGCAGCAAGGACAUCGAGGCCCUCAUCUCGGGCGCGAAAUACGUCAAGGCCCUGAUCCCCGCCGUCGUCAACAUCGUCUACCACAAGCUGCUGCAGUACGACAUCACCGCGCGCGCCUUCACCACGCGCUCCACCUCCUUCGAGGGCCCCAUGGACGAGGUCCCCGACGACAACUCGCCGCAGAUCCUGCACCGCAAGAUGUUCCUCCGCGCCUACCUCGCCAAGCUCUGCUCCGACCCCUCCCGCAUGGAGUUCUGGGAGUACCUCGACAAGGUCGGCAUGAUGCACGUCGGCCUCGGCCGCCAGCACCCCCUCCACGUCGAGUACGUCCACCUCGGCGCCUGCCUCGCCUUCAUCCAGGACGUCAUGACCGAGGCCAUCCUCAGCCAUCCCAGGCUGCACAUGCAGCGCAAGAUCGCCCUCGUCAAGGCCCUGGGGAAAGUCAUCUGGAUCCAGAACGACCUGAUGGCCAAGUGGCACGUCAAGGACGGGGACGAGUUCGAGGGGAAGAGGGAGGAGCCUGUUUUUGAGGAGGAGGGGUAUCUGCACGGCAAGAAGGUUCUGGAGAGCGAGAGCGAUGAGGAGGGCGGGCCGAAGAGUCCCUCGAGAAUACCCAGGUCCAACGGCGGCGGCGGCGGUGUAUGUCCGUUUACGGGGAUCGUCGCCGGGGUUGAGGGGUUGAAGGUUGAUGAGAAGAGGGAGGAAGGGACGCAGAAGGUCGAGGCCUCGACGUGA